CACGUUGUACGGCCACAUGCAACUACAUCCACUAAACGAACAUAAGGAGCUACAAUAUAAGAGAGGGCGACAUAUAGUGCAAAAACAGAAGAUACAAGGGAUGGAAAGAUCAGAACAAUUGUCGCCCACUUAUGAGCACCAUCAAGUCUCUUUCUUGAUUCCUAAUUCAAUGAAAGAUAUGGGUUUUGUGCUCUUCGAAAACCCUCUUGACACCGUUACUUCUGCGACUAUUCCCUGCAAACCUCCCUCGGAUUUAGGACAUCAAGCCUACUCUAAUAUCGGGUUCGAAGAACAGGUAAGGAACUUGGAUGGCAAGGGUGGACAUGAAGAAAAAUGUAACGGCGGCAGUGCCAAUGAAGAAGAUUCAUGGUGGAGGAGUUCAUCUUCCAAAAAGGUGAGACGAAAGCUAAGAGAACCGAGAUUCUGUUUUCAAACAAGGAGUGAUAUUGAUGUUCUUGAUGAUGGUUACAAAUGGAGGAAAUAUGGCCAGAAAGUUGUCAAGAACAGCCUUCAUCCAAGAAGUUAUUAUCGUUGUACUCACAGUAAUUGCCGCGUGAAGAAGAGAAUUGAACGAUUAUCAGAGGAUUUUCGAAUGGUGAUAACAACAUAUGAAGGUAGACACAAUCAUACGCCUGAUGAUACAUCCGAACAAGAAUGUCUUACCUCGUACUAGGACAUGGAUGUCCUAUUUAUGAUAACACAUAUCAUAUUGUUCAUGGCAAGGCUACAUAUAACUCCCUUCACUUCAUUGUUUUCUAAAAAUUGGAGUCUGCACGAUAAAUGUUAUUUGUAAGAUUGUCAUAUAGAUCAUAUUUAAAUUUGUUUCUUUAUAUUUA